AUGAAAGCCUUGGCUGUGCGUUUUAUGGCUUUAGUCCGACCAUGGUGGGCGAAUAAAAAAAAUUAAACGAGACUGACAGCUGACGGCAAGUGACAUAAUAUGCGGGAAACCGAAAAUUUAGUCAUGCUACAAUAAGUAAUAAUUUGAAAACAACAAAAUUUAAUAGAGUGAAGAUGGGCUUAGAAUCUAUACGGUACUCUCGUGGAAAGUUAGAAGUACUGGACCAGUUGUUAUUGCCACUACAAACUAAAUAUAUUAAGGUAGAUGGAGUUGAAGAUGGAUGGAAAGUAAUUAAUAAAAUGCAAGUGCGGGGCGCCCCUGCCAUAGCCAUUGUAGGAUGUUUAUCUCUAGCCAGAGAAUUGUUAGAUGAUAACAGCUCUGACAAAAAAGUUAUGAGACAAGAGAUAGAAGGCAAAUUAAAUUACUUAGUGUCGGCGCGACCAACUGCUGUUAACAUUAAAUUGGCUGCAGAAGAGCUAAUUAAUUUGUCGAACAGAUUAAGUGCUGACGAGUUAGUAACCCCAGAGGAAUUCAAGGAAGUCUUCAUCGCAAGCAUAGAAAAUAUGCUCACAAGAGACAUACAAGACAAUAAAGCUAUUGGUCAGCAUGGCUGCGACGCUAUCCUUAGGAAUUUGGAGGGAGAUGGGCAGGUCAGGGUGCUGACGCAUUGCAACACCGGUUCCCUGGCCACUGCCGGCUACGGCACAGCAUUGGGUGUUAUCAGAUCCUUGCAUGCAGCUAAAAGGCUUGAACAUGUAUACUGUACGGAGACUCGGCCGUACAACCAGGGUGCUAGACUGACGGCCUACGAGCUGGUGCAUGAGAAGAUCCCUGCCACGUUGAUCGUGGACAGCAUGGUCGCGGCGCUCAUGCAUGCGAGGAGCAUCAGCUGUGUCAUUGUUGGAGCAGACAGGGUUGCAGCAAACGGUGACACUGCAAACAAGGUAGGCACGUACCAAAUAGCGAUCGUCGCGAAAUAUCACAACGUGCCUUUCUACGUGGCAGCGCCGUUCACAUCCGUCGACGCGAGCGUGGCCUCCGGAGAGAGGAUCAAGAUCGAGGAGAGACCAGACACAGAGAUGACGUUCAUCGGGGACAAGAGGAUUGCAGCACCCGGUAUAAAUUGUUGGAAUCCAGCAUUUGAUAUUACGCCGGCAUGCUUGAUAACAGGAAUCAUCACGGAAAAGGGUGUGUUUGCGCCAGACAAACUCAAAGAUCUGUUGUUUCAAUGAUUAUUCAGAUUGCUAUUAAAAUAAAAUCCUUAAAGAGUAGUAUUUUUAAAAUAUUGAACUUUUGUAAUUUUAUAUGCAUCUACAGUUAUAAUUAUUAUUAAAUUAUAUGUGUAUUUAUAUAUUAUGUUUUGUUUAAGAAAAUUCAAAAGAAUCUGCCAAAAUUAGAAUAUUGUAUAAUUUUAAAGAAAAUUGUGAUAACAUUUCAGAAAUAAAAUAUGCGUCUUUAGUAUA